AUGACUGAUCGUCAAAACGGUAUGGUACAAUCAUAUGGGUAUCCUUCCGUUUCAACAACUGGGAAUGCUCAAGUAGUGUCAAGAGCUGUUGCUGCUGCUGCUGCCAAUAAUCAUCAUUCUAGUCGUAGUAAAGCUGGUAGAGGUUCAAAACGUUAUUCUGUUUCUGCUUUUUAUUCUAUGGCUGCUGAACAAGAUAAUGAAGUAGAAGAUGAAUUAGCUCAAGCUCAACGUCAACUAAGAGACUUGAAAACAAAAAUUUCUGCUCAAUCGAAAAAGAACUUUGUUUUAGAAAGAGAUGUAAGAUAUUUAGAUUCACGUAUUGCUUUACUUAUUCAAAAUAGAAUUGCUUUGGCUGAGCAAACCGAAAUGGCUUCUCACUUGGAAGAACAUGGUGAUGGUGAUGACGAUGUUUAUCCUGACGAUAGAAAACUUCAACAAUAUGGCAACCUUUUUUUUAUUUUACAAAGUGAACCUCGUCAUAUUGCAACACUUUGUCGCUUAGUCAGUUUAUCUGAAAUUGAUACUCUUUUACAAACUGUGAUGUUUACUCUUUAUGGGAAUCAAUAUGAAAGUCGUGAAGAACAUCUUUUACUUACCAUGUUUCAGAAUGUGUUAGCUGCUCAAUUUGAAACUUCAACUGAAUUUGGAUCACUUUUACGUGCAAAUACACCCGUUUCUCGUAUGAUGACUACUUAUACUCGACGUGGUCCUGGACAAUCUUAUUUGAAAGCUACUUUGGCCGAAAAAAUCAAAAGUUUGGUGGAACACAAAGAUCUUAAUCUUGAAAUUAAUCCAUUGAAGGUUUAUGAACAAAUGGUUGCUCAAAUUGAACAAGAUUCUGGUUCCUUACCUGAUGAUAUACCAAAAAGUGUGACUCCAGAAAUUGCUGCAAGUAAUCCUGAUGUUCAAGCCAUCAUCCAACCCAGAUUGAAAAUGUUGAUGGAAAUAGCUGAAAGUUUUUUGAUGACUAUCAUCUCUUCUGCAGAUGAAGUUCCUUAUGGUAUUCGCUGGAUCUGCAAACAAAUUCGUUCCUUAACCAAACGAAAAAAUCCUCAAGCAUCUGAAUUCUCUGUUUGUUCCAUGAUUGGUGGUUUCUUCUUUUUACGUUUUAUCAAUCCUGCUAUCGUCACACCAAGAGCCUAUAUGUUACUUGAUAAUGCACCUGGAAAAUACCCUAGACGAACUUUGACUUUGAUUGCAAAAAUGUUACAAAAUCUAGCCAAUCGUCCCUCUUAUGCCAAGGAAGCUUAUAUGUUACCUACUAAUCCAUUUGUGGAAGAAAACAAAACAAGAAUCAACAAAUUUUUGAACGAAUUAUGUGAAGUUAGUGACUUUUAUGAAUCUUUGGAAAUGGAUCAAUAUAUGGCUUUAUCGAAAAAAGAUAUUGUUUUGAAUAUCUCUUUGAAUGAAAUUUUCAAUACAUUGACGUUAGUACAAAAGCAUCUGGAUACUAUUGCUCCCAAAGACAAAGAUCGUAUUCGAAUAUUGAUGACAGAAAUGGGUUCUGCACCUGCUCAAGUGGCACGCAAAGAAAACAAAACAAUUGAUUUACCUCUAUUCAGUCGAUGGGAAAUUCCAAUUCAAGAUUUGACUACAGCAUUGAUGUCUGAAAAUAACAUUACUCAAAAUGAUAUUCUUUAUAUGGAAACCAAGGCCAUCUAUGUACAACUGAUACGAUCUCUACCUCAUCUAUCCAACAGUGGAGCAUUAGGAUUGGAUUUGGAAUAUAUUGCAGAAACAGCAGCUACCACCAAGGAUGCUCAACUAGUACGAAAAGGAAUCAAAGUCAAGGAUAUGUUACGCGAACUUGAUGAUAUGGGUAUCAUUGAUCAUAGGGAUAGAUACAAAUUAUUGGUGGAAGAAAUCACACAAGAAUUGACACAUUUGGGUAAUCUAAAGGAAAAAGUGCUUUUGGAGCUGGCAUCCCUGGAAAGCGUUUUCAAAACUAUCUUGGAUCAUAAUACUUAUCUUCGGGGACAAUUAGAAAGUUACAAAGCAUACUUACAAAACGUGCGAAUUCAAAGUAGUGGUGCUGAAAAACAAACCAAGAAAUCUGUUGGUAUUGGUGUUCAAGUAGGUGAUAGUGGUAAUGGUAGUGGAAUCCAUGGUAUAAAUGCUUCUGGAAGUGGUAUUGGUACAAGUGGUUAUGCAGGUCAUACCAACAAGAAAAAAGGAACUGGUGUACAAGGUCCAUUCAAGUUCUCUCAUAGCCAAUUGGAAAAAGAUGGUGUUAUUUCUCAAAGUACUGUUCCUGAAAGCAGGCGUCCAAAUAUAUAUUUUGCUUUCACAUCACCAUUACCAGGUACAUUUAUCAUUGCAAUGCAUUUCAAAGGUCGUGAAAAGGCAAUAUUGGAAAUGGAUCUCAAAUUGGAUGAUUUAUUGGAAAAGCAACAAGACAAUGUGGAACUAUUGGAUUUGGAAUACGUAGGACUGAAUGUUUCCAAGAUUCUUCAACUAUUGAACAAAACGUUUGUGACUAGGAACAAGUAAGUGAUGAUUACAGAAAUCCAACAUAAAAAAAAAAAAAGAAGAGAUUCGUAUUUUUUCUUUUCACUCCUUUUCUUAGUGGGCGAAUUAAGAAAUAGGGAUCCUCACAACUCUUUUUUUUUUCUCUUUUUAUUUUUUUUGAACAUUGAUCUAUAUCAUUUUAGGGGCGGCAUCUUUUCAUAGGGUACCUCAAAGCUUCAAGUAUCAACAAUUAUUGUUUUGUAGAUAGACCACCUUAUUUUUUUUAUAUAUAUAUCUUCCUUAUUGGGCGUGUGUUUAUUACUUGAUUAUUAUACUUUAUAUCACCUUUAGUUUAGCAUUCUUCUUUUUGUCUUUUUACUUCUUCACUUUAUAAUAUUUUACAUUAAUCUAUCUCAUUAUUAUUUUUAUUAUUCUUAUUAUUAGUAUUGCCUUUCUUUAUUUAUUUUUAUUUUUAUUUUUUUU